AUGAACGCUCUCCGGUCCAGUUCCGCUUUCGCGCGCCGGUCCCUGACCCCUCCAUCCGUUGCCCCUCUCUCUUCUUCUCGUCUUCUCUCUUCCACCUCCUUCACUUCUUCUUCUUCUUCUCUCUCUCAGAGAUCUUUCUCAUCUGCUCCCCUUCGUCUUCCUCGCUCCUCUCUCGCGUCCUCCCGCUGGUCCGGAUCGACUCCCUCCCUGUACCUCACCCAAACCCGCACCAUGGCUUCCGCAGGCAAGAUCAAGGUUAAGAACCCGGUGGUGGAAUUGGAUGGUGAUGAGGUAUGGCCCUUAGACAGUCGGCAAGAGACGAUAACUUCCCAUGACCCGUAUCAUCUGGCAAGAAAUCAGAGAGAAGCUGAGACCCAAUUAAGUUACCUUGACAUCGACCUCAAGUACUACGACUUGGGUCUGGAGUACCGUGAUGAGACCGAUGACAAGGUCACCGUUGAUGCCGCCGAGGCCAUCAAGAAGUAUGGUGUCGGUGUCAAGUGUGCCACCAUCACCCCUGAUGAGGCCCGUGUUGAGGAGUUCAAGCUGAAGAAGAUGUGGUUGUCCCCCAACGGUACCAUCCGUAACAUCCUUGGCGGUACCGUCUUCCGUGAGCCCAUCAUCAUUCCCCGCAUCCCUCGUCUGGUGCCUGGCUGGAACAAGCCCAUCGUCAUUGGCCGUCACGCCUUCGGCGACCAGUACCGUGCCCAGGACCGUGUCAUCCCCGGCCCCGGUAAGCUCGAGCUGGUCUACACCCCGGCCGGCGGUGAGCCUGAGCGCGUUCAGGUCUUCGACUUCCAGAACGGCGGCGGUGUUGCUCAGUGCCAGUACAACACUGAUGAGUCCAUUGAGGGCUUUGCCCACGCCUCUUUCCAGAUGGCCCUGAUGAAGGGUCUGCCUCUGUACAUGAGCACCAAGAACACCAUCCUCAAGCGCUACGAUGGCCGCUUCAAGGAUAUCUUCCAGGAGAUCUUUGAGAAGGACUACAAGAAGGACUUUGAUGCCAAGAACAUCUGGUACGAGCACCGUCUGAUCGACGACAUGGUCGCUCAGAUGAUCAAGAGCGAGGGUGGCUUCGUCAUGGCCCUGAAGAACUACGACGGUGAUGUCCAGUCCGACAUCGUCGCCCAGGGCUUUGGCUCCCUCGGUCUGAUGACCUCCACUCUGGUCACCCCCACUGGUGAGGCCUUCGAGUCCGAGGCCGCCCACGGCACCGUGACCCGUCACUACCGCGAGCACCAGAAGGGCCGCGAGACCUCCACCAACCCCAUCGCCUCCAUCUUCGCCUGGACUCGCGGUCUGAUCCAGCGUGGCAAGCUCGACGAGACUCCCGACGUUGUCGCCUUCGCCGAGGAGCUCGAGCGUGCUUGCACUGACGUCGUCAACGAGGAGGGCAUCAUGACCAAGGAUCUCGCCCUUGCCUGCGGCCGCAAGGACCGUGAGGCCUGGGUCACCACUGGAGAGUACAUGGCUGCCGUUGAGCGGCGCCUGAAGUCCAACCUCAGUGCUCGUCUGUAG